UUUUUCAGAUGAAAUUCCACAUCCGAAACUGAACUGACAAGAAACCAGCAUUCUUGAUGAAGAUAGCGAAGCUAGAGAGGGUGAGAUACUGUGUAACUAGCAAUGGCAGAUAGCAAGGCAGUGACAAUACGCACAAGAAAGUUCAUGACGAACCGUCUUCUUUCAAGAAAACAAUUCGUCGUUGAUGUUUUGCAUCCGGGAAGACCAAAUGUUUCAAAGGCAGAGUUGAAGGAGAAGUUGGCCAGGAUGUAUGAUGUGAGGGAUCCAAAUGCCAUUUUCGUAUUCAAGUUCAGAACCCAUUUUGGUGGUGGGAAAUCUACUGGAUUUGGUUUGAUUUAUGAUUCUAUUGAGAAUGCUAAAAAGUAUGAGCCAAAGUAUAGGCUAAUCAGGAACGGGAUGGACAAGAAGGUAGAGAAAUCAAGGAAGCAAAUGAAGGAAAGGAAGAACAGAGCUAAGAAGAUACGUGGAGUAAAGAAGGUCAAGGCUAGUGAAACUAAGAGUGGAAAGAAAAAGUGAAGUUUUAGAGGGAUUCUCAUGAUUCUUCCAUGCCUAAACACAAGUUCCUUCUUGUCUACACCUUUCUCCUCCAUUAAUUUUUAUUUAUUGUUUCUUAGCUAUCAAUUUCUCUU